GUCGAGACCUCUGCAGCACCACCUCCCCGGCUACCCCCCACAUGUCCCCCCAACGGGCCAGGGCAGCUACUCUGCCUCCUCACUGACUGGUAUGGUACCUGGAGGAGAUUUCUCCGGGAGUCCCUAUUCCCACCCUCAGUAUUCCACAUAUAACGAGUCCUGGAGAUUUCCAAACCCCAGCCUGUUAGUGUUCCAACAGGACUAUGGGUCUCUCCUGGGGACGGAGAUCGGAUGUUCCUCUGGGCUCUUCACCGCCAGCCAGACGGGACAGAUGCAAGGGUCGCCGUACUACUACAGCGCGGCAUCGCGAGGGGCGGGACCGGCUGCCACGGCGACUGCCUCCGCCUACGACCGCCACUGACCCCGCCCAUCAACGAUGAAGAGGAGAAUGAGGAAGAGGAGGAAGAAAGGAGAGAUAGCACCAGCACUGUCCAAUACUAGCCUGCCUACUGACGGAGGAGAAACAGGAAGGAGGGAAGGAGGAAGGAGAGGAGGAGGAAGUGGAUGAAGAGGAAGAUGAGGAGGAGGAGGAGGAGGAGGAAGAUGAGGAGAAACAGGAAG